GAGGCACUCCACUGUCCGCUCCCCACUUCCCCUCCCCUUCUUCUCCGCCGCUCCGCCAGCAUUAACCGCACCCCACUCCUACCCCGGAGCUACCGGAUCCACAGAUCGACCUUCCCCCCUCCGUCUACGCCGGCGUCCUCAUGGAGGCCCCACCCGCGCCCGGCGUCGGGGCCCAAACCCUCGCGCUCGCCGUGGCCGCGGCCGCGGCCUGCAGCGUGGAGGACAAGGGGGCCAAGCGCGCGCGCAAGCGGAGCAGGUACCUCGACGACUACGAAAUCCCCACCAUCCUCAACGCCCUCCACGGCGACGGCGACGACGACUGCAUCGUCGCCCCGCCUCCACCUCCCGCUCCAAGAAAGGGGGCGGCGAGCGAGGGCCCGGCGCUGCUCCUCCGGCUCCAGGCGCCCGACCUGCUCGCCGCGCUCCACCGCUGCGCCGCAUCUCCCUACGACGACGAGCCGCUCGAGGGCGUCGACGCCGGCGCGCUCCUCGCCUUCUUCGCCCUCCACAGGGAAGCCUCCGCCUCCGUCUCCGUGCCCGCCACCCACCGCGCCGGCAAGGACACUGCCCUGGUUACCACGGGUCAGCAUCGCUCUAAUGAUGCUCCUGCCGCCGCUCGCCCGAAUCCAUGCCAGGCCAUGGCCUUCGGGGGCGGAUCUGCCGGCAACCAACAGGCCGGUGGCAUUGCCAUUGGCCACGCCGCGUAUGCGCAAGCCCACCACCACAUUGGAGCUGGACCAUCAAAUGCAGAUGCAGCCGCACUAGGGGGGCCUGGACCCAGCAAGAGGAGGAACAAGAAGAAGGUAACAUUCGCACUGGGAGCGCCUGGUGCCUCCGGCGCCGGUUGCCCCGCCCAACCCGGUGCUGCUACCCACAGCAGCAGCAUCGGCAGCGCCGGUUCCACGCCCAACAAGCCGGCCAAGAACAAGAAAGCUGUCAACGGGCAGCAGCAUUUCAGCAAGCCGGUGGCCCUCAUCCUGCAAUUCGCCCCGGGCACCGCCGCCGAUCAGCUCCCUUCCAAGGAGCAGCUCCACUCCACACUCCGCGGCUUCGGCCCCCUGAUCGAGCCCAGCACCGAGAUCACCAAGAAGCAGGCGCGCGUCGUGUUCCAGAGCAGCGCCGCGGCCGAGGCUGCCUACAGCUGCGUGCACACGCUCGGCACCUUCGCCGCGGCGCGGCUGCAGUACCUGCGCCCGCCGCCGCCCCCUCCAAAGAUCCCGCUGACGGACGUCCGGAAGAACCUCGAGAGGAUGAUCGCGUCCCUCACCGGCCCCUCUCUGCUCGGCAAGGAGGACAGCGCGUGGAGCCUCGCCGGAGAGAUGCAGCACCUUCUGGUCAAGGUCGACAGGGUGCUGAAUGCCGGCGGGGCAGGGCCUUCCACCUCAGUUGCUGCUCAUCACCAUUGAUCUCUCAGCUUGGAUCAGCUCUGCCUCAGCUCAGCUACAUGGAGAUAAGCUCUCCCUACCUCCUAGUAUAGUUAAGAGUUAGUGAUCCAGGUGCUCUUGUAUAUUAUUAGCUCUAGUCUAGUUCCACCUCAGCUGCUGCUCAUCACCAUUGAUCUCAGCUCAGCCCAGCCAUGCUCUGGUCUGGUCUGCUAGAUGGAGAUAAGCUCCUCCUACCCCCUAGUAUAGUUAGUUUAGUCAAUGAUCCAGUUGGUCUUCUUGUAUAUUAUGAACUCUAGUCCUGCUAGGUACUGCUACUGCUCGAAUCAUCGUAGCUGCUAGUUCUCACUCGGUAUGUUUCGGUGUCGAUCCAUACUGGCUGCAGCGACGAUCUUGCGACGAUCGAGCUUCUAAUGCUCAUGUGUAAUAUAUAUCUACCUGCUACCAAUGAAGUAAGCUAUGGUGUGCUUGUUCC